AUGUCUUGGUUAUCCUGGUUCUUCACUUUGAAGCUGUGCUUAUCCCUGCUCUUUGUGGGGCUUGUGGGCAGACAGCUGGGGCUCAGGGUUGGGCUGCAGGUGGUUCAGACAGCGACGUGUUCUCGGUGGGGUGCACCCAGCGAUCAGGGUCUGUUCCAGGAGGGAGAUGUAGUGAUUGGUGGACUCUUUAGUCUUUAUUACAAGCCUCCAGAUCUAGACAACGACUUCAUUCAGCUGCCAUACUACAAACCGUGUACAGGUUUGCAAAAUCUUCCAUUACAGUACAUAUAUGCUAUGGUGUUUGCACUGGAGGAAAUCAAUCACAGCACAACCUUGCUGCCAGGUGUGAAGCUUGGCUACCAUAUUCUUGAUAGCUGUGCCCUACCCCCUUUGGCUAUCCAGGCAGCACUGUCGCUGGUUGGAGGAGACAGUGCCAGUUGUAAUUCAACAGCCCUGCCAGACUAUUCUGCUGAAGAGGGAAUCAGAGAAAGGAGAGGUGAUCAGACUGUUCCUUUGAUCAUCGGUGGUUCCUCAUCUAAAACAGCCCAGAUACUCUCCAGAAUCCUGGGGCCACUCGCUAUGAGCUACACGGCUAGCUGCCCCUGUCUGAGUGACAGGCUCCGGUAUCCUAACUUCUUCAGGACCAUGCCCAGUGAUAUUUACCAAGCCCGUGCUAUUGCCCAGCUUUGCAUACAUUUCAAUUGGACCUGGAUCGGAGCAGUUGUAGCAAACAACGAUUAUGGCCUUGUGGCAAUAAAGGUUUUUCAGGAGGAGACUCAGGGGGCAGGUGUGUGUCUGGCAUUUGUAGAGACCCUUCAAAGAGAAAACAUUGUGAGUGAUGCCAGACAAGCAGCUCUCACAAUUCAGGCCUCGACUGCAAAAGUGAUUCUGAUCUUUACCUGGUACACAGAUGUGAGAGAACUGUUCCUGCAACUAGACAAGAUACAUGUGACUGACAGACAGUUUCUUGCCAGUGAGGCUUGGAGCACCAGUGGAGAUCUUCUCCAAGAUCCUGUCACUUCUAAAGUGGCAAGUGGUGUCCUUGGUGUGGCCAUUCGAAGUUCAGCUAUACCUGGAUUUGAAAAUUAUAUCAGAAGUUUGAACCCAUCUGGUCGUCCUGACGAUAAGUUCUUAAAGGAAUUCUGGGAAGAGAUGUUUGGUUGUAGUCCUGGGGCCACAUCACUCUCUACAUAUGCAUCUUCUCUGUCGACUCAAGAAGACAGCUUGCUUCAAAAGGAGUCUCUACCGAUCUGCAGAGGAACAGAGUCCCUGGAGGGAGUGCAGAAUCACUUCACUGAUAUUUCCCAGCUGAGGGUGACAUAUAAUGUCUACCUUGCUGUUUAUGCUGCAGCUCAUGCCCUUCACAGCCUCCUGUCCUGCUCUGAUAAAGAAAGCUCACCCAGAAACAACAGUUUCACUUGUUCUUCUCCAAAACACAUCAAACACAUAGAGCUGUUGCAGCACUUGGACAACGUGAACUUCACCACACCACAAGGGGAAAUGUUUUAUUUCCAAGAGGGAGACACUCCAGCAAAGUAUGACCUUGUCAACUGGCAGAACACCCCUGAGGGGUCACUCAAACUUGUUUUGAUCGGUCGUGUGGACGGGUUUGACCUCCACCUUAAUGAAUCAGCCAUUCAGUGGAGUACUGGAUCCAAUAAGGUGCCUACUUCAGUGUGCAGUGAGAGCUGUCCCCCAGGUACCAGAAAGGCCAACAGGAAAGGAGAACCGCUCUGCUGCUUUGACUGUAUCCCAUGUGCUGAAGGGGAGAUUAGCAAUCAAACUGAUUCCCUUCAAUGUAAGCAUUGUCCAUCUGAGUUUUGGUCAAAUGCUAAGCGAACUGCCUGCAUCCCUCGCCAGCUGGACUUCCUUUCCUUUAAUGAAACUUUGGGCAUUACUCUGACUACAGCAGCUGUGUCUGGUGCUGCAGUGACAACAGCUGUGUUUAUAGUUUUUCUUUACUACCGUCAAACACCUAUGGUCCGAGCCAAUAAUUCAGAACUGAGCUUCCUGCUCCUCCUGUCUCUGAAGCUGUGCUUCCUGUGCUCACUGGUGUUCAUUGGUCGUCCAUCAGUCUGGUCUUGUCGGUUCCAACAGGCAGCUUUUGGGAUCAGCUUUGUACUUUGUGUUUCUUGCCUCCAAGUCAAGACUAUAGUUGUUCUGGCAGCUUUCCGCUCAGCUCGGCCUGGUGCUGGAUCCUUGAUGAAAUGGUUUGGUCCAGGCCAACAGAGAGGAAGUGUCUUCCUCUUUUCCUUUAUACAGGUCAGAAAUGUUUUCAUCUGUAUUAUUUGGCUACUAUCAAGCCCCCCUGUGCCUCAAGUUGACUUGGAUAUACCGGGGUUAAAGGUCUCCUUCAAGUGUGCCAUGGCCUCUGUGGUGGGCUUCUCUCUGGUUCUGGGUUACAUUGGUCUGCUGGCCUGCACCAGUCUCCUCCUGGCCUUUCUCGCCCGGAAACUCCCUGACAACUUCAACGAGGCCAAACUGAUCACCUUCAGCAUGCUGAUAUUCUGUGCUGUUUGGAUAGCUUUUGUCCCUGCUUAUGUUAGCUCUCCUGGAAAAUAUGCUGUUGCUGUGGAGAUUUUUGCAAUCCUCGCCUCUAGCUAUGGUUUACUUUUCUGUAUAUUCGCUCCAAAGUGUUUUAUUAUUCUUUUGAGGCCAGAAAAAAAUAAUAAGAAACACCUGAUGGCCAGGUAG